AGUACAGACGUACGUUGCAACAAACAACGAUCGUUGCACACAGACUUAAUCAUCACAAUUUUCAAACCGAAAAGAAUCGUAAUUCUCAACCCUUUCCACCGGAAAUUUCCAGCCCCACCCACCACCACCACCACCACCCCAACUCCUAACCUACAGAUCUCUCUACCUUUUUCUUUUUAAUUUUAAUAUCCAAUAAAACGUCCACUUAAACGUCGCCAAAGAGAAAACAAGAAAGAAGAAAAGCUUUCAUUCCAAUUCUGACGAAGCUGUGCAACAAAAUUAAUAUAUUUAAACAAUCAGUUUUAUUUUCUCUCUCCUUCUCUCCGAUGUCUGUUGUAUAUUGGAUUUUGAUUUUGAACCUUUGGAUCUUAAAAGCGACGUCGUUGCAAGCGGGAUCUCGAACGGUACUUCGAGAUAUUGGCAGUAACAACGGCGGCGGCGCCGGUACUGAUCCGAAGGACUACGCCGUCGAAUUGAAUAUCACGAAUUUCGAUGAGGUUCUCAAGGACACUCCAGCCACUUACGCCAUAGUCGAAUUCUUCGCUCACUGGUGCCCUGCUUGCAGAAAUUACAAGCCCCAUUAUGAAAAAGUUGCUAGGCUUUUCAAUGGACCUGAAGCUGUGCAUCCUGGUAUCAUAUUGAUGACUCGAGUAGACUGUGCAUUAAAGAUAAAUACCAAACUUUGUGAUAAGUUUUCUGUGGGUCACUAUCCUAUGCUGUUUUGGGCUCCUCCUACAAAAUUUGUAUCUGCUGGCUGGGAACCCAAUCAAGCGAAAAGUGAAAUACGUUUAAUUGAUGAUGGACGGACAGCGGAGCGCUUGCUUAAUUGGAUCAAUAAGCAAAUAGGCAGCUCUUAUGGCUUAGAUGAUGAGAAAUUUGAAAACGAGCAUCUUCCGUCAAAUAUAUCGGACCCUGGACAGAUUGCUCGAGCCAUAUAUGAUGUGGAGGAGGCUACCACAACUGCCUUUGACAUCAUUUUAGUACACAAGAUGAUUAAAUCGGAAACUCGAGCUUCACUCAUAAAAUACCUUCAGCUUUUAGUGGCUCAUCAUCCUUCCAGGAGGUGUCGCAAGGGAAGUGCAGAAGUACUUGUGAACUUCGAUGACUUGUGCCCACCAGAUAUGUGGUCAUCUGAUAGACAUGAAGUUGCCACCAAUAAUGUGAAAGAGGUGCUAAGCAAUUUCCAGAUUUGUGGAAAGGAAGUUCCCCGUGGAUAUUGGAUGUUUUGUCGUGGUAGCAAGAAUUAUACCAGGGGCUUUAGUUGUGGAUUAUGGGUCUUAAUGCAUUCACUCUCUGUGAGGAUUGAGGAUGGAGAGAGCCAGUUUGCAUUUACAGCUAUAUGUGAUUUUAUUCACAACUUCUUUAUUUGUGAGGAGUGCCGUCAACAUUUUUAUGAGAUGUGUUCAAGGGUUACUAGUCCUUUCAGCAAAGCGCGUGACUUUGCCCUUUGGUUGUGGAGUGCGCACAAUGAAGUUAAUGAGAGAUUAAUUAAGGAAGAAGCAUCUCUGGAAACUGCAGAUCCCAAGUUCCCGAAGAUUAUUUGGCCUCCGAAGCAGCUUUGUCCUUCGUGUUAUCACCCCCGAGGUUCCAAAGACAAAGGAAGCAGUCAGAUUGAGUGGGACCAGGAUGAAGUUUUCAAGUUCUUAAUUAGUUAUUAUGGAAAUACGCUUGUAUCUUUGUACAAAGAAAAGGGUUUUCUUGCUGAAGAUGGGACCAAGGCUACUCUGGAUGAUUUGGUGGCCUCAACAAACGCAGUUGUGGUGCCUUUGGGUGCUGCAUUGGCUAUUGCUCUUGCUAGCUGUGCAUUUGGAGCACUUGCUUGCUACUGGCGUUCUCAGCAGAAGAAUCGGAAGUAUUACCACCAACUACACUCUUUAAAGAACAUUUGAUAAUUUUGAGGAUAUAUGAGUGCUUUCAGAAAGGUUUAAAAGCAUUAGGGUGAAAAGGGGAUGAAAAAUGCGGGGGUGAGGCGUAGAGAGAGAGAGAGAGAGAGAGAGAGGUUUUGAUAAUUAGGAGGUAACUUUCUUAUUUUGAUUUCCUUCCACCACUUUUCAGGCCAAGGAGAAGCUGGAAUUAAGAUUACUAAAACAACAAAAAAUCAAACACAACCUUUAAGAUGCCCAGUCGGAUGAACUCAAGCUCCAAGUAGAAUUCCAGAUUACAGGCUUAUGCCAACUUGCCCGCUUGAGGUCCUAUUCUUUACCAGUCUACUGUCAAGCUCAUCAUCAUCAUCAUCAUCAAAUCUAAUUUUGGGUUGGUUGUAUAGAUUUAACAUAAUUUUAAUUUUGAGAAAGAAAUGUUCCAUAUCCAUUUUCUUACUUUUUAUUCACAUUUGACAUGCUGCAUGGGUACUUACACAGAUUUUCUUCUACUGAAUUGUCUGAUGCAAGUGUCGUCCAAUUCCUUCUAUCGACCUAAUUUUUUUCUUGAUAUGGUAAACAGUAAAGAACAAUUUUUGUGUUUUGGUACUACUAAGCAGUGAAGAACUGUACUAGGUUGAAAAUGGGGAUACUGAGCAAACCUCUUUAAGGUCAAUUCAGAGAACAUUCUUUUA